UUUUCGAAUUGCGCAAUCUUCCAGCAUGAGCGGCCCGCUGCGCAUCGGUAUGUUUGGCUGCGGCACGGUCGGCGGCGGCGUCUUUGAGAUCUUAACCUCGCGCCUCCAGUACCUCCGCAGCGUCGGCGUCGACGCCACGGUCGCCGCCGUCUGCGUCCGCAACACGGCCAACCCGGCGCUCAAGGCGCUUCUCGCCGGCCACGCGACCACGGUCACGUCCAAGUACGACGACAUCCUCGAGGACCCGUCGAUCAACUGCGUGAUCGAGCUCAUGGGCGGCGUCACGGACGCAAAGGACGUGGUCUUCAAGGCGAUUGCGAAGAACAAGCACGUGAUCACGGCCAACAAGGCGCUCAUCGCCAACUUUAUGCCCGACCUUACGGCGCUCCUCGCCGCGCACCCGAGCGUGCGCUUUGGCUACGAAGCCUCGGUGUGCGGCGGCAUCCCGAUCAUCCACACGCUCCAGAGCUCGUACACGGGCGAUGGCAUCCAGGAGAUUGCCGGCAUCAUGAACGGCACGACCAACUACAUGCUCUCCAAGAUGGAGAAGGAAGGUGCGUCGUACGACGCGGUCCUCAAGGAGGCGCAGGACUUAGGGUUUGCCGAGGCGAAUCCGAGCGCCGACGUGGACGGCUACGACGUGCAGGCGAAGAUUGCGAUCCUCGCCAAGCUCGGCUUUGGCUGCCAUGUCGCGCCGGCGAGCAUCCCGACCACGGGCAUCACGCGCAUCAAGACGAUCGAUUUCGAGUACGCCAAGCUCAUGGGCGCCACGAUCAAGCUCCUCGGUAUCGCCAAGCAGUCGAGCGCCGACGCGAUCUCGGUGUUUGUGUCGCCUGUCGUUGUGCCCACGACCAACGUCAUUGGUACGGUCCACGGCGCGAGCAACAUUGUCAACAUCGUCUCGGCCAACUGCAUCAACGGCGCAUACGUGGGCCAGGGCGCCGGCCGCUUCCCGACUGCCAACUCGGUCGUCAACGACGUGGUGCGUCUCGCGCAGAGCGUCGUGCCGGUGCCGGCCUUUGGCAGCACCCGCAACGUCGCGAUCCAGAACGACUACGAAGGCCGGUUCUAUGUGCGCGUGCGCCUCGCGGACGGCCUCGGCAUUGUCCGCCUCAUUGGCACGCACGCCGAAGAGGCCGGUAUCUCGAUCGACUCGAUCCUGCAGCUCCCGAUCACGGACCGCAACAACGUCGAUACGGUCGUGACGACGGACCUCGCCAAGGUGUCGCAGGUCCAGCGCAUGUGCGACGCGCUCGCCACGCUGCCGUUCGUCCAGGAGAUCCCGCUCUUCCUUCCGAUCUUGUAAUACUACGAAGACGAUGUCUCUGACGUUUUUCACACUUUCCA